CUACCGUAUACCAGUGACAUUCGACCCAUCUCACCAAAGUCUAUCUAGGUCUCACAUUUCAACUCGCAGACGAAGAAGUGUAAGCUAAGCCAGAAAAUGCAUUCCCGUCAAUUCCUUCCCUUCGUCUUCCUCGCCUUCGCGAUCUACCUCUCUUUUCAGGCUUUAGCACAGGAACACUCGGCAAAACCUCUCCAUGAUCAUACCUUCAAACCCUCGUCGACAUUUUCACUCGCCCUCGAAACCCUUCAAAAACAAAUCGGCUAUACGUUUCAGAGCGUUGGUCUUCUUCGACGCGCGAUGACUCACGCUUCGUACUCGGAAGAGAACAACAAAGCUUUGAGCAUCUUAGGGGCAAACGUGAUCGACACUUCGAUCGCGCUCCGAUCACUCGGCAAAGACAUAGAAAUCUCUCCAAAAGAUCUGAACCGUCGUAUAUCGGAGAUAGCAAAAGUGGAAUCGUCGUGUGCCGUUGAUGGAACGCGUUUAGGUUUGCAGAAGAUCGUUAGGGUUUCUCCGAAGACCAAUUCGACCUCUCCGGCAUUAGUCUGCGGCACUUUUCGAGCUAUAUUCGGGGCCAUUGCAGUCGAUACCGGAAAGUCGGAUGAAGCUGGAAAUGUUUUCUGGAGUGUUCAUGGUGGUGAUUUUGCACGAGCUUUCACACUGUAAGUGGAGAAUUUAUAGGUAUUGUAUUGCUAUCUUAUGGUUUGGAUCUUAUUACUAAGUGCAAUGGUAGCUGCUUAUGUUAGUAUUUUGUUCCUGUUUUGUCUAUAUUGAACUCAUGCUUUUUGGUUUGCAUAUGAAUGACAUUAGUUAUGUGUCACUCUGUUUUAUGUGUAUGUGUAGUGUUGUUACCUUUGGUGAAAUAUUGGAAGUGUCUUUGAUCAA